GACAACGACCGCAGGCCGCAGCUGCACUCUGCAGAGCACAGCCGCGCAGACCGUGCACGGGCGCGCCCCGAGCAGGAGGAGGCCACCCCACCUCCACCCGCGAUGGCGUCGCCGGCGGGCCAUCGGCGUGCAACCGUGCUGCGCCAGGCGGCGGCGCUCCUGCUCGCCCUGCUGUCCUGCUGCUGCUGCUUCCGUGGCAGCGGCGCCAGGUCGGCAUCGUCGUCGCCGGCGUCGCCGAAGGUGCCGGCGGUGAUCGUGUUCGGCGACUCGACGGUGGACACGGGCAACAACAACGGCAUCGGCACGAUCCUGAAGAGCGACUUCCCGCCGUACGGGCGCGACAUGGCCGGCGGGCCCCGGCCCACGGGGCGGUUCUGCAACGGCCGCCUCCCGCCGGACUUCAUCUCCGAGGCGCUCGGCCUGCCGCCGCUGGUCCCGGCCUACCUCGACCCCGCCUACGGCAUCCAGGACUUCGCCCGCGGCGUCUGCUUCGCCUCCGCCGGCACCGGCCUCGACAACAAGACCGCCGGCGUCCUGUCAGUGAUCCCGCUGUGGAAGGAGGUGGAGUACUUCAAGGAGUACCAGCGGCGGCUCCGCCGGCACGCCGGGCGCGCGGCGGCGCGGCGCAUCGUCUCCGACGCGCUCUACGUGGUGAGCAUCGGCACCAACGACUUCCUGGAGAAUUACUUCCUGCUGGUGACCGGCCGGUUCGCGGAGUUCACGGCGGCGGAGUUCGAGGACUUCCUGGUGGCGGAGGCGGAGCGGUUCCUCGCCGAGAUCCACCGGCUGGGCGCGCGGCGGGUCACCUUCGCCGGGCUCAGCCCCAUCGGGUGCCUGCCCCUCGAGCGCACCCUCAACUCGCUCCGCGGGGGAUGCAUCGAGGAGUACAACCAGGUGGCACGGGACUACAACGACAAGCUCCUCGCCAUGUUCCGCCGCCUCACGGCCUCCCGGCCGUCGCUCAAGGUCGCCUACAUCAACGUCUACCAGAACAUGCUCGACCUCAUCACCAACCCUUCCACCCUUGGGCUGGAGAACGUGGAGGAGGGGUGCUGCGCGACGGGGAAGGUGGAGAUGUCGUACCUGUGCAACGACAAGAACCCGCUGACGUGCGAGGACGCCGGCAAGUACUUCUUCUGGGACUCGUUCCACCCAACCGAGAAGGUGAACCAGUUCUUCGCCAAGAAGACGCUGGACCUCUGCUACGAGCAGCUCCUUUGAUGAUGCAUAGUAGUAUACAGAUUUAGUGUGGCUGCUGUAUUGAUUGAAUUAUUGAUGCUAAGAUGCGGCAUUGCGAUCGCCGCCCCUCCGUAUAUAGGGUUCGUCAAGAAUGGAAAUGUACUCUGUUCCGAUGCGCCGAUUAUAUUCUUUGGGUUUAAAAAUGAGCAGAAAGAUAAAAUUUACA